AUGGACAAAGAGAGCCUCGAAAAGUUUGAAGCCCAGAUCUCUGUCCUAUCUAGCAAGGAGAUUGAGAAGGUCAUGAAAAGAUUGAGCAAGGAUGAGUUUGAUGUGUUUAUAGAGAUUCUAGAGAGGCACAACAUGGACUUGGAUAGGGAUCUUGAACAUGGCAAGAAUGAGCUCCUACAAAGAUUAGAAAACCAUAGGAUUCUUUUUGAGGAUGCUUGGAAUGCGAUUCCCGACGGGGUUAGAAAGCAUUUGACGGGAUAUUAUCAAUCCAUGAAUGAUAUCCUGUAG